UGGGAGCCAUUUUGUUACUCAGAGAAGACGAGUGUGAUGUCUGAGUUUAACGGAAACAACUGGGAUAAAAAUGGAUGUUAAUGAAUUGCAUGUAAAGAGAAGAAAUCAAGAUGUAUCCAAGAUGUAGUUAAGUGCCAAAAAAAUCCCCCAAGCGUUUCCCGUGAAAUCCACCGGUUCUUGGCUCUCUACAACUUCGCUCAUCUGUAAAACUCCGUCAAUAUCUGUAUGGAGAGCAACAUAUUUUCUGCAUCUGCUAGAUUCAAGACCUCCUUUAUGCAGCAGUUACGUAACUUAGUGGGCAUGCUCAUGAGAAUUGGAUUCACAUCUAUCAACCCAUCUUGCAAGAUAAUUCAAGGUUAAGAAGGAUAGAAGGUGUGAAUGUUCGUGAGAAUCCAAAGGCAAGAGGAAAACCUAUGAAAUCAGUGGAUGAUUUCUGCUCUUUAAAGAAGCUCUUCAUUUCAACAGGAGUCACCAAAGGCUAGUGAACUUUUGACUAAUAGGUACAAAUUUUGUGUUUUAAGUUCCAUAUAGGUCAGUAGCCAGAUAAUAGUUGCAAUAAUGAGUGCUACUGAGGAAGCUGUAGGUGACCUACCUCAGGUGACUGGGGCCAAUGAGGUAAUGAACGGUACUAGUAAAAAGGUUUUAACAGAAAAAGGACAUGAGUAUCAAAUAACACAGCAUAUAAAGAGGUUAUCAUCUGCUAGGCUAGCAUGGAGAAAGGUAUUAUCAGAGAUAUUACCAAGUCUUGAUAGUGUAGUAUGCUUGGAUCAACUUAAUGUUCAUAAAAAGGCAGAAGAGUCACAGUUUAAAGAAGUUGUAAAUGCCUUUAACUUAUUAAUGGAAGUAGUUCCAAGUUCUCAGGAUGAAUUGUUACAGGAGUUAAAAUUUGAGACUGAGGAGCACAAUAAUUGUAUGCAAAAAACUGAGAGUAAAAUGUAUGAGUUAAAACAAAAAACAAAUAGUAGAUCAUCAAAGCACUCCCAUUCUACAAAAAUAUCUAAGCAAAAUGUUACACAGAAUGAAAAGUUACAAGCAGAAUUAGCUAAGCUACAAAUUGAGCUCCAGCUUCAUGAAAGGGAAACAAAGUAUCAAAUGAUCUUGAGAAAAGAACAGAGGAUCUUGAAAGAAAAAGAAUAUGAGUACAAAAAGUUUCUUGUUAUGAGAAAUAGGCUUGCAUCUCAAGAACAAACAAAGAAAGCCAUUCUAGAAGAAAUUCAGUUAGAGUUGUCUAAAGAUUUAGAUGAUAGCAAAGAACUUCAUUUUCACAAACAUUUUGAAUCUAUUGAUAAAUUUACAGAGAUUGAGAAAGUAAAUCCAAAUUUACCAAAACAAGAAAUGGCUACUAAGGAUGUAUCAGGUAUGGGUGAAUUAGAGAUAGAGGUGUCCAAAUUAGAGAAUACUUUCUUAAAAGCAAGCCCAGAGCUUAAGCCACAAGCAAAGAGUUUUGAGCCAAAAAGAAAGUUUAAAGAUUUGAAUGCAUCAUUUGGGCAAGAUAGAUCAAGUCAAGUUAUAGACAUUAAUGUAUUUAAAGAUGUGGUAAACAUUUUAUCUAAAAGUAAAAGUGAACCAGAAAUUUUCAGUGGAGAUUUAUUGGAGUUUCCACCCUGGCUUCAAACCUUUGAGAUUCUUAUAGAGUCAAGAAUUACAGAACCUGCAGAGAAACUUUUCUAUCUAGGUCACUAUACUAGUGGGGAAGCUAAGGAUGCCAUUAGAGGACUUCUACAUGUCCCCAAAGAAGAAGCUUAUCUUGAGGCUAAAAGUAUAUUAAUGGAUAGGUUUGGUAACAAGUUUAUUGUGGCAAAUGCUUUUAGAAGGAAAUUGAGCGAAUGGCCAAAUAUUUCAAAUAGAGAUGGUCAUGCACUACAUAAAUUGUCAGACUUCUUAAAGAGUUGCUUAACAGUAAUGAAAACGACAGACUACCUUAAUAUUUUAAAUGAUCCUCAUGAAAAUAGCAAAAUGUUACAGAAGUUAUCCCCAGCUCUUAUAGAUAGAUGGAAUUCAGUAGUUUAUAGAUGGUUUGCAAAUGAUGCAGGUUACCCUCCAUUUUCAGUUUUUUGUGAAUUUAUAGAAGUGGAGGCAAAGAAAGCAUGCCAUCCAAUUUCAUCAUAUAAUGCAGUAAUGGCAAUGAGUCAAAGUCAUAAUAUCAAUGUUUCAAUAAGUAGUAAGAAGGGUAAACCAGAAGUAAACAAAUGUGGGACAAAAAGGUUUGUGACUGACUCAACUGGUGUAAGAGAAACAGAGGUACAUAGAGAUGACAAGGGACAGAGUCCAGAGAAACCAUAUUGUAUCUUUUGCAAGGCUGAUCAUGAACUUGAUAAAUGUAAAGGGUUUAAUGGACUUGAUAAUAAGGCAAAAUUUGAAUAUGUCAAAAAAUUAUUUCUCUGUAGAGGUUGUUUAAAACAUGGCCAUGUUAUUGAAAAACUGCAAAAGAAAGAAUAUAUGCACAAUAUGUAAGAGACGUCAUCCAACAUCUCUUCAUGAGGCUAUACUUGAAAGAAUAAUAGAGAAGGAAGCCUUACUCAAAAGGUAUAUAGGAACAAGAAGCUGGAAAAACAGUAACAUUGUCAAAUGAAACUAAUAUAAUUGAAGACAUGGUAAACUCCAGCAAAAUUGAUGAGAAACUCAAGGAUAGUGCAGUUUCCAAUAAAAUAAAGAUAUUGAGAAAGUCAGAGGAUAUGAUGCAUUCCAUGUUAGUACCAGUAUGGAUACAUCAUGAAAGUAACAUACGUAAAAAGGUAUUGGUUUAUGCAUUAUUAGAUGAACAGUCAGAUGCAUGUUUUAUUGAUGAAUCCACCAUGAAUGACCUAAACAUCCUAGGCUCCAAGGUGCACCUGAAGUUAACAACAGUGACAGGUGAAGAUUCAGUUGAAAGAGUUCAUGAUUCCUCGAUGCUGCAAGCCUGACGAAUUUAGAAAGGUCAAAUCAAUUGAACUGCAUCAUUUCUCUGAUGCUAGCCAGAAUGGUUAUGGACAGUGCUCUUAUUUAAAGCAAGUAUAUGAGCAAGGACAAGUUCAUUGUGCAUUUGUUAUAUCAAAGUAUAGAGUGACGCCUAUAACUGUUCCUAGUUUAGAACUAACAGCUGCAGUCAUAGCCGUUCAAAUUAGUUCUAUGUUAAAGAGAGAGUUAGGUUACCAGGAACUAAAAGAAUACUUUUGGACUGGUAGCAAAGCAAUACUUUGCUACAUUUCAAACGAAGCAUAGAGAUUCCAUGUGUUUGUUGCUAACCGAGUGCAGCAUAUUAAAGACCACUCCUCUAUGGAACAAUGGAAAUUUAUUGAGUAUGAGUAUUAAGUAUGAGUCAGCUCAAAAUCCUGCUGAUGCUGCUUCGAAUGCAUUGUAUGUAAGGGAGCUGAUUGAACAUUCUCUGUGGUGGAAUGGACCAACUUCCUCUGGGAACCUGACUAUAAUGCUAACCUACCAUUUGUAGAUGUAAAUGUCCAAAAAAAAUGAUCGAGAAGUCAAGAAAAUUUCGUAAUAUAAGACCUCAACCAAAGAGAGCACUUCUAUUCUUCCAAGACUUGAAUAUUUUUCUGAUUGGCACAGGGCAAAGAAGGCUGUUGCAUUAUGUUUACGCCUUCAGUGUAGAUUCAAGAACCCCGGAAGAGCAACAGUCAAGGAAGAACUGACUGAAAACAAAGAAUCCAAAUACACGUCACCUAAUGUAACAGAACUUGUGGAAGCUGAAAAUGAAAUCAUAAGACAAGUCCAAAAUGAAGCUUUCCAAAAGGUGAAACAAGAUUUACAAUGUGCAAACAAUGACAAUGAAGAUACCAAAAGUAAAAGAAAUAAAACGCAAGUUGCAUUUACUCACUUGAUCCCUUCAUAGAUAAAAAUAACAUCCUAAGGGUAGGUGGCAGAAUGAGACAUGCAUAAUUUGCUGCAAGCAAUAAACAUCCAACAAUUCUGUCAAAGGACUCACAUAUAACAGAAAUGGUAGUGUGUCAUUACCUCCGGAAAGGUCAUCACCAAGGAAGAGGAAUAACAUUGAAUGAGUUAAGGGCAUCUGGUUAUUGAAUCAUUGGAGGUUCAUCAGUGGUAGGUAGACAUAUUUCAAGAUGUGUCAUAUCCCCCCACACCCUAUUUACAUACUGUGGGGUAGAUUACUAUGGACCAUUCUUUGUUAAAAAAGGUCGCAACGAGGUCAAGAGAUAUGGUGUUUUGUUUACUUAUAUGACUUCAAGAGCAAAUACGCUGGAGACUGAUUCAUUUCUCAAUGCAUAUCGGCGCUUCAUAGGAAGAUGUAGCCCAGUUCGUCAACUCAGAUCAGGGCACACAUUUUGUUGGAGCUAAAAAUGAACUUCAACAACGCUUGCAAGUAAUGGAUCAAGAAAAACUAAAAGGGGAGCUUUUAAAAGAGAACUGUGUCUGGAUUACAUUUGAAAUGAAUAUCCUUCACGCCAGGCAUAUGGGUGGAGUAUGGGAAAGACAGAUUCGAAAUGUGAGGAAUAUACUAACACCUUUGUUAUACCAUCAUGGCAGACAAUUAGAUGAUGAGUCACUCAGAACCUUUAUGGUUGAAGCAGAGACCAUCGUGAAUAGCCGACCCCUGGCAGUUGACAUCAGUUCUCCAUAUUCAUUAGAACCAUUGACACCAAAUCACUUGUUAACAAUGAAAUCAAAGGUUGUGCUACUGCCACCUGGAAACGUUCCAAUCUUCUGACCAGUAUCAAGAAAAAGAUGGCGAAGAGUUCAAUAUCUUACCAAUUAAUUUUGGAAUAGGUGGAAAAAAGAAUAUGCUCAAUUGCUUCAGUGCAGGAAAAAGUGGCCUUCAGUUAACAAAAAUGUUAAGGUAAAUGAUAUUGUCAUUGUGAAGGAACAAAAUUUGCCAAAGAACUCUUGGAAACUUGGUUGUGUAUCUGAGGUUAUGCCAAGCUAAGAUGGUUUUGUAAGAAACGCAAGGAUAACAAUGGCUGAUUCCUCACUUGACGCAAUCGGAAGACGAACGAAAGCAGUCGUUAACCUUGAAAGACCAAUCCACAAACUCAUAUUGUUAGUUGAAGAGCCUACUUAAAUAUCAAAAUUGUGUCAAAAAUUAUAGUUCCUCAGUAGUAUAGAUAUUAAUUUCACAUUCUGCUCAUUUAAGUACAAUGUAAUUAGAGUUUAAGGUAAAUUGUUGAUACAAUUUAGGGGAGCCAUGUUACUGCAGGAACAAAAUGUGUACUUAGUUAUAAACAAUCAAAGUUCCUAUGCUUUGUGAUAUUACUAACAUAAGAUAAGUAUGAAAUAGUAUACCCUCAUAUCGUUUUCUAAAGUGUAAAUCUAUAGGGAAUUUGCAUAACUAAUUUGCGUAAACAUUGGGAGCCAUUUUGUUACUCAGAGAAGCCAAGUCUGAGGUAAUAAAUCUGGCUAUAUCUAUGUAAUCUGAUUAUAUAUUUUAUAUUAGUAUAAGCAAAUGAUAUAUUGUGAUAUAUAAAGCCUUAAUUUAAUGAGAAUGUAAUAUGAUUAUUGAUAUAUAUUGUGUGAAAUAAAGGUUAUAUGUAAAGCAUGUAUUGGGUAAAGAUUUGUUAAUUUCAUUUUAACGGAAACCAUUAGGAUAAUAAUGGAUGUUGAUGAAUUGCAUGUAAAGAGAAGAAAUCAAGAUGUAUCCACGAUGCAUUAAAGUGCCACAAAAAUCC